AUGAAGUCACGCACAGGACAGGAUGUCGAGCUCCUCAAUGAAAUCGACGGCUACACACUUGAGCCGCACUCCACGGAGCACCAUCCGCAAACGCUGGAUCAUGUCCAAGAGACGAGUGAGUUCAUUGAACUUCCGGGCGGCUCCGUCGCCGCCGAGAAGAUUCUCCAUCGCGCCGAGAAGCCAUACCUCCUUCUGUCCGACCUGGACGUCGAGACGUCGGGCCGUCUGGUGAUCGAACCCGGCGUCACGCUGCACUUCGCGCCCUCGGUGGGAAUCACAGUACGAGGCGUCAUUCAAGCCGUGGGAAGUGCAACAAAUAAAAUUAUCUUCUCACCACGACCCACGUAUCAUGAUAGCCAGUAUGAUGAGGGAACCUUUGUCACACCUGAAGAUCUCGGGGCUCGUCUUGUGGACGGCCCAACACCACUGGAGGGACGUCUGCAAAUCUUCCACAAGGGAAAGUGGCGAUCAGUGUGCACGAAUUCCAGGAACUGGACUAUACCAGACUACGAAGUUGUAUGUCGUCAGAUGGGCUUCCAAGGUGGACGCUUCUGGAACUGGAUGGAUAGGAUUCAAAACUAUCAGCCACGUCUACUCUAUGAAGAGCCAGAGUGUCACGGGAGCGAAGAUAGCCUUUUCAAGUGUUCCUGGGAUCGUCGUCAGUUAGGAUCAGGCGUCUGUGAUUAUCACAACGACAUUGGCGUUCAGUGUCUUCCACUUCACGCUAGAGAAUCCCACUAUUGGCGAGGAAUACGCUUCGAAUACGCCUUGUCAGAUCCCCAGACAACAGACAAUGCAGUCUUUGAAUCCGUCUCACAAUCAGAGAUUAGAUUUGCUGACAUUCUGAGGGCAGGAUAUGGUUUAGGCGGCGCAACGACAUCUGCCAUUGAAGUUCUGGGCAAUCCUCCCGUUCUUCGGCAUGUCACAGUCGAUCACUCUGCCUAUACGGGAAUUAACGUGACACGAUCAGAUGCAGCAUUUACAUUUCGCGAUGUCGUUGUACGAAGAAGUCGAGGAAUUGGCAUCUUCGUCAACUCCAGCUAUGGUCUAGCUCAUCUCGAGGGAUGCACAGUGAGCAGUAGUGGAGCUGAUGGAGUGAAAUAUCACGGACAUGAUUGGAGAUUCAACGAACGCCCAGGACAAUUGAGGAUCUACGAAUUGUGCUCUCUGCCCACAACAGCUGGACAAAUCUAUCCCAUCUGGCUAUCUGUGGAUCAAUCCCAGUUCUCAGCCUUGCCUAAAGAGUGCGGAAAGUACUUUUUCACUCGGCCCGGAUUUGUCCUCACCGUCUCGUUCCAGCAAUUCGUGUUAACUACCAACGAAACAGCACAAAUAGAAGUCUUCGACGGAGCAUCACCCAAUGAUCGACUACUGGGGAUUUGGUCAGCACGAAACUACACACGUGCGCAGAGUCUCACUAGUACUAGAGAGAAGAUCUACGUGAGAUUCCAAGCGCAGGCCAGAGCUGAGAUGGUGGGAUACAUCCGACUAACUGCUGGCCAGAGCAAAACCUAUGAUCUCAAUGUCACAAAGAGUCGCAUCGAGGACAAUGGCGGACCAGGUGUUGCUGUGGGAAACCUCAGGUCGCAAGUGCACAUCCACACGAGUAUGAUCAACAACAAUGGCCACGCCGCUGGUCUGCAUGUUGUCAACGGAGCGGGUGAUGUUAAUGUUACCGAGAGUCGGAUUGGCUUCAAUCAGGGCAGCGGCAUCAACAUCACAUACUUUGGUGGGAAUCGAAAUGUCUCACGAACGUAUCUCACGGGAAAUCGCGAGUAUGGCUUUGCCGUGUGGCUCAAUCAAACAAUCCACAAAGACAGGGAAGAGUACUUUCCUUUCAAUCAAACCACUGCCAUUCAGUAUUCUGAGAUAUUCAGGAACGUCGAGACCGGUAUUUACCAUGGGAACUUCUCUGGUGAUUCCUGGGUCAAUAUAACCGGAAAUUGGUUUAAUGACAGCAUAUCGAACUCUAUUGAGAUUCAAACAUGUUGGUUUCCCGAUCAAAACGGCAAGAGAUUAAAUCUCCUCAUAGGACAAAACAUCUUUGAGCAUGACAAUCGGAUAGGAAUACUGAUAAAUCCUGCCUUAAAUCUGCACGGCAGAAUUGAGUUUAACGAAUUUCGAAAAGGAACAUUUGGAGCCUUAUUGAUUAGAAAUCGGCCAUUAGAAGAGUUUCGGCAAAUACCAGCCAGAAUUAUUGUUCAGCACAAUCAAUUCUACCGCAAUCGAGGCAUUUAUGUAGCCUCUUUGGGACUUUCGCCGUACACAACAAGACGCAUUCAAUCGAUCCUCUUCACCAGAAACUUUAUCAAGGAUAACAAAAUUCAGGAGGCCUUCGGACCAGCUGAUGACGAAGGUGUAGAAGGAGAAGCAGGUGUUGGAAGACUCAAUCCACGCUCCCGCGUCGCUGCUCCUGUUGUGAUCUCUUCAAGCAACGUUGACAUCUUCCGCAAUAUCUUCUUCAAUCCUGACUCCAAAUACGAAGUAGGAUCUCAACUCUCAGAUCAAAGCGAAGUGCUCAACGUUACAUUUAACUAUCUGGGACACACAGAUGAGGCGAAGAUCUUCGCCAAGCUCUUCCACAGAUAUGACAGAUAUGAUCUCGCCAAGAUAAACUACUUUCCUUAUUUGCUGCAUCCGUCAAAUCCAGGAACUAACAAGAUCUCAUCCAACCCAACUUUCGUCCCUUCUUUCCAUUCUGACUCUUUCGACAAAAUCGGCGGUGAGAUUGACGGACAAAUCACACUCACUAGUGGCACAUACACCGUUGAGAAGGAUAUCAACGUUCGACCUGGUGGAAAACUAGUGAUACAUUCAGGUGCCACUCUCAAUUUCAUACCAAAUGUCGGUCUUAUGGUGGCUGGAAAGCUUGAGGCCAGAGGACGUCGUCCGGAUGAUAUUGUCUUCACGCUCAAACGUGAACCUAUCGCCACUGCAGACAAUGAGACAAAUGAAGCCUUCACUGAAGCGGAAAUGAUGGAUACAGAAACGGAGCCAAACGUUGAGACAACUCCCACAAUUCCAGUGCGUCUCUUGGGUGGUGAUGAUGAGCAUGAAGGACGCCUUCAAGUGUAUGUUGAUGGUAAAUGGGGAACAGUUUGUGACUACGGAUGGAAUAUCAUAAACGCUGCCUUGGUGUGUCACCAAUUGGGAUUGGCACUCAAUCCAUACGAUUGGAGACUUCAGCGAUCAGAAGUCCCUGGCGCUGGCACUUCUGAAGACAUUAUCCUGUCUCAUGUACAGUGUACAGAACAUGACAUUGAUAUAACACAAUGUCGAGCUGAGCGAGCAGAUCGUGGAGAGUUUGAAAACUCCUGCACUCAUGAGCACGAUGUUGGCAUUCGAUGCUACGAAGGCGCAUGGGCAGGAGUGAGAUUUGGUGUUCUGGCAGAAAGGGUGGACCUUCAGUAUGUGACUAUUGAAAAGGCAGGUGUUUUUGACUACUCCACCAACACUUUCAAGCCUGCUCUUCAGAUGGACUUUGCUAGGCACAAUCUCGAAAAUGUCCGAAUUGUUAACAACCUUCAUGACGGACUGGGUGUGGUGUAUUCAGACAUUUUUGGAGGAAAUGGCAUAAACAACGUCAUGCACAGCGAGUUUGCCAACAAUCGUGGAAAUGGAAUUAGUCUCAAGCAACUAGGACUUCGAGUGCAAUCUUCCAAUAUUCGGGACAAUGCAGCUUCAGGCAUCAAUCACGACCCUGUGCUUUCUGCUGUAGAGCAACGAGAAAUAGCAGGAUGGUUCCACAUACCCACGGACAGGAAUGUCGAACCAGAUUACAACGCUGAAGAGUCUCACUACCGACCUUUCAUGCUGCCCGAUCACAACGAAGCCAUCGAUCUUGAAACAUGGCAGAUCUAUCACAUAGUAACAAGGAAGCACAUCGGAGAAUCCGUCGAAAGGACGUUCAACAUCCGUUGUCAGCCAGGCUAUGUGAUUGGCAUUCAACUACUUAAUCCGGUCGGAAAUUACUCAACAGAAGACAUCUUCAUUCACGAUGCCCAAACUCCUAACCACAGAUCAGACAUCUGGCAAGUGUCGAGAGAUUUAUCCGUGUUUCCAGUCACUAGUAGCUCUUACGGUAUAAUUCUGCACUACAGAAGUGGUGAACUGGGUCUUGGUGGAGUAGUUCUCACUCUAUCAACCAUUCCUGCACCUGUUCAGAACAUUCGCAAUCGAAUUGUCAGAGGUCCAGUUCCAACACUUUACGUCACAGGCAGUAAAAUCCAGAGAAAUCAUCGUGGACUGUCUGCAACGUACUACAAUCGCUAUCUUGGCGAAAAAGGAGAACACUACCUUCGAAAGGCAAACGAAUCGAUGAAGAUAGUCAAGUCCGAAAUCAGUCAUAAUCGCUACGAAGCGAUGUUCAUUCAUGCUCCAUUCUGGGAUGUUCAUGAGAGCAAUAUUUCUGAAACAACUAUUCACAUUAAUAGUUCCAUGAUCAUUGAAAACGGACGAGGAAUUCGACAAUUCUCCAAAGAUUUGCGAUCAUCGAACAAUCUCUUCCAUUAUGUCCUGCAAGACACAACAGUUGAGAGAAAUUCCUUGGGAGGAAUGGAGUUAAGUCUACCAUUUGUGUGGCAGUACAAUGAAAAUUUCACCCAUUCUGUGUAUUUAGGCAAUGGAACGUGGACAAAGAAUCGCAACUUUGGUAUCAUAAUAUCAGGACAUUACGCUGCAGUAAACAUAACAGGAAAUACCUUUUCGGAGAACACUUGUUUGCACGGAUUGAUUGGUUUCCGAGGGAUGGAGAAGAAGUUGAAGAUAGACAACAAUAGGAUCACAGAUAACAAUGGAAGAUUCAUGGUUGAAUUCAAAGCGGACAGUCAAAGUGAGAUUCUAGGAACUGUGCACGCUGUUUUCAUCCUAAAUGACAUACGAAACAAUCGAUAUGAAGCACCAGGACUCACAAGGGGUCUGUCAAUGGCGCUUCGCGGUCGCCAGCAGCGUCGAUCAGAUCCCACCACGGUGAUUGGCUUUGGAGGCAUUCAAAAAGUAAUGAUCAGACGAAAUCUAAUAACGAGAAACAAUUUGGAUUACGAUCUCGUGGCAGGAGUGAUAUCAGCUAGACUCAGCAAUUUCUUGGAUGCCACAGAAAAUUGGUGGGGUUCAAUCGAAGUAGAUCACAUAUUCUCGAGGAUUUUCGAUUUUGACGACUGGAACAAUCAUGCGGAGGUGAUCUUCCGACCUUUCCUCCUAGAGGACAACGUCGAUGCCAGCAUGUCUGUGUCAUUUGACGAGCGAAAACCAGUGGAUCUGGAUAAUUUGGGUGGCAGGAUAUUCGAGGAUCUCUCACUGUAUCGACGAGAAGUUCCGUACGUGAUUAAGAGUGACAUCACAGUGAUGCCCGGAGUGACUAUGACAAUUGGAACUGGAGUUGAAAUGGAAUUUGCACCGAAUGUAGGAAUUUUAGUGUUGGGCACCCUUCAAGCCAUGGGUAGCAGUAAUGGCGAAAUUAUCAUGAGACCCAUCGCGAGACAAACAGCUGAACUGAAUCGGGUGGAAAGAGCACUUGAAAACCUCGUGGUUCAUGAUUCCAUUCGUCUCUGCACGAACAGAAAUUGCUCUUAUGAUGAGAACGAAAUUGAUCCAACACACCAAGGCUUUCUUGAGUACUUCAAUCACACCACACUUCAGUGGGUUCCAAUCUGUGAUCGCCGUUUUACAGAGAGGAAUGCUCAGGUGGUGUGCAGAGAGCUCGGCUUUGAUCCUCUGAACGUCUUUUUCGCUCAUGACAGACGAAUUGAGUUCCACAUAAAUUCCCUGACGCGGAUUUGGUCAUGGGUGGAGCCUCUGGAGUGCGAAGGUGAUGAAAAUCGCCUGGAAGAGUGUCCUGAAAGGCUGAACGGACAACUCUAUGGACGUCGCCAUGAAUGCCACUGGUUCUCAGACUUUGUCUUCGUGAGUUGCCAAGGAGAUCCGGACAAGAAGGAUUACUGGGGCGGCAUUCGCUUCGCCAAUCCCCAUUUCGAGAAUAAUCUCUAUGAGCAUCGCUUGCAAGAUUCUCGAGGCAGCAGAAGACCAAGUGAAAGCACUCUUGAGCAGGUGAGGAUCGAAAGUGCGGGAAUUCUACAUGGAGAAAAAUCACCAGCUGUUCAGGCUAUAUUCAAGAAUCCACGAAUUGCUUCGGUGACUGUGAGGAAUUCUGCUCAUCACGCUGUGAACUUAGUCUCACCCACUGCAAGUGUGCAUGUUCAAUUCCUCCGAGUUUUCGGAACACUCGGUCAGGGAAUCAAUGCGAUCUCACUAACAGGAGAAGGCAGAGAAAGUGAUGAAUCCAGUUUCACACCAUUAAGAUCUCUAGACUUGCCCUAUUCUCUAUUCUCGCUCAUUGAUAUCUGCGACACGGAAAAGGAGAUCACGAUCGAAGAGAGAGUUAUUGUGUACUACAAAUACGACAAUAAUCCAGUGAAUUGCGUGAAGAUCUUUAACAGUGCUUAUCGAGUGAAACCUCUAGGCUUCCGUUUGCUUCAGUCAAACCUCUUUAAUCACUCCCGAGAGUAUGGACGACGAGAUGGCAUCCAUCUCUUCGACGGAGACAUUUACAAUGUCACAGCUAAGAAGAUUGGAGUGAUCGAAGCGGAUUCAGGCAAUGACAAGUAUCUCUUCAGAACCAGAAUGCCUUCCCUCAGUGUUCGCCUUGUGGCCAGUGGAGCUCCUGCUGAUCAUGGCUUCUUCGCCGAAGUUGUAACACUUCCGAUCUCUGCAAUUGGCUUCAAUCGUGAUUCACAACACAAUAUUUCCAACUCUGAAAUUUCCGGAGCAAUUAAGGGGGCUGUUUCCUACUCAACUGCCGGUGAGGUCUCACCAACUCUUACUCUUGAGCAUAAUCGCUUCAUGAGGAAUUGCAUACAACUGUAUGGAAACUUCUCAACAUGCGAAUCCACAGUGAGACUCGAUGUGCAAAACAUGCAGUCGCUCUUCUUCAGAAACAACUUGGUGCAGUGGAAUCAGGGUGGUUUGUCAAUAAGAUCAGAUUCUCGAGGAUCAGCCACAUCCCUUCGCGGUUGGGUGCAUCAUAAUCUCUUCACAGGCAACAGAAAUCGUCCAGCACUCUAUGUCGAGGGUCGCCAAUCGUCUCCAUAUCAGGAAAUCACAGUCUUCAAGAACUACUUCACACAAAAUCUGGCAGCUUAUGAAAAUGUGAUCGCUCUCAAACAGGUUGUUUCAAAUUUCUCCAGUAACUACGUUCACAGAAAUCGUGGUGGGAGAAUUGUAGAAAUUUCAGGCUUCGACAAAGUUCGUCUGCCAAUUUAUCAAACAACUUCGCAUAAUGGAUUCUAUGACAAUGUGGCCACUGAUUGGCGUGGGAGAGCGACAAUCAUCGCCGGAACAGCUGGACAGAAUUAUGUGGACAACAUCUUCUACAAUCCCGACAAUGACUAUGAAAUGAUCACAGUCAAUCGAUCAAUAUUCGAGUUUCAGUUUUGGAACAGCACUUUGGAUGUGUGGAAAACAAAGAUCGAUGCGCGACACAAUUACUGGCAUUACAACACAACAAUUGCUGUUAGUGGACGAAUAAGAGAUCGAGCAGACGACCCACUCCUGCUUGAAGUGCAAUUUCUGCCAUUCUACAUGAACAACGAGACAAUUCUGGAUGGAAAAUGUCCUCCAGGAUGGACACUGAUUGUGGACACUUGUUACAUCUUCGUGGGCGCCCCCAUGACUUUCUACGAAGCCAGAGAUUUCUGCAGAUCCGACAACGCCUCGAUGCCCUUUAUCCGCGGCGACACUUAUCCUCUCUGGCACUUCUUGUCAAGACAAAUGAUGCACUUUAGCAGAGGCGUCGAGAGAGUCUGGGUGCAAGAUCUCAAUUUCAUCGACCAAUGCACAACAUUCUUCUUCCGCAACAUUGAAUUGGACUCAUGUGAUAAUCGAAGAACUUUUGUCUGCGAAAUUGAUCCCAAAGUGAUGAUUGAUCCAUUGUCUUGGCGCGCUGACAUCCUCACAGUGGCUUUGAUCGCUUGCCUCUGUGUCCUUGUUAUAUUGCUGGUGCUCAUGCUGGUGUGCUGGUACUCCAAGUCUCGUGUGCGCCACGUGCAACGUCUCCAGCGACGCAACAGCAUUCGCCAGAGUCUGCGAAGUCUCAACAGUAUCGACCCUCAGGGCUCUAUGAGGCGUCGCAACAUGAACAUGUCGCGAUCCAAUGAUAUUCUAAGCAGCACCACGGGCACAGACUACAAGAAGAUGCCCUCCAACGGGUCCAUUGACUCCAUCGAGAAAAGCGCCCUGAGCUCAGAGACGAGCUAUGAUAUGUACGACACACAGAACAACGGAGCACAGAGCGAGUAUUCCAAUAGGAAAGGACCCAAUAAUUAUGGCAACGAUUACCUGACCAACAAAUACGGCGAAUACGCAAACCAGAAAGCACAACGUAACGAAACAGCCAAGACACCCAAAGUUUAUGGUCUGCCACAAUACGAGCCACAGGGCUUCGAGUUGUCAUACAGAAAUGAGGGCUUCCGCGACAAUUCCACAUUCUCCGGCACACGACAGAACUCCGUCAGCACCACCAUAAAUGAGGAUACACCCAUCAUCCAGCAGGUGGAUCCCGACGAGACAGGCUCUGACUACUAUGGCAACUCCAGCACUCUGCCUUUGCGUCAUCGCGACGACAACCUGAGCUUCCUCAGUGAGCUGAAGACGCGCCUUCCCGAUUACGAGCCUCUGCCUCGACAGAGUCCCAGCCAUUCGAGUUUCCUGCCUUCACCACCAUCGCCGCCCAAGCCGAGUCAGAAGGCUUUCACGCCCGCCUCAUCGGAUGGCUAUCACCAGCCUCAAAUCCGUCGGCCGGAAAACUUCCCGGCGCCACCGCCGGAAGUUAAGCGCCCGGAAUCUUACUACACAGCCAUGAAAACGGCUCGGGACUCGCAAAUGCCCGUCCAAAGUGCCUUCACGAGUCGUCCUAGAACGGUCUACGAACCGUCCGGAGAUGAGAGAGUACCAUCACAGACGUAUUCUCGAUCAAAGUCGGAAGCCCUCCUUGAGACAAAUUUCGACGAGACAUCCCCAAAUUCAACUCUCAAGCCCGACAAUCGGAGCUACAGCCAACCACUUGAGACUGCAAUGUAGCUUUUAGGCAUUCCUCUUAAUCCGCCCCGGCGUUGAGCCCAAAAGCGCCUUCAACAGCAACGUGUAUCUUUAUUAUUGUAAAGAGAAGUUUAUAUAGGUAGAUUCUAAUCGAAAAAUCUGUAUUAAUAAGGGUAAAUUGACGAAAAUUCCAAUAAGAGACACAUUUUCCCAUUUCUUUUCUAAUGAGAGUAUUUUAUAGUGUUAGCAAUUUUUGAAUUAAAUAGAUUGAAGAUUUAAUAGCUCGACAUUUUUUGUACAUAUUGAACAAAUUAGGUGUUGAGAGCGCGAUUAUUUGUGAUGCGAUAAAAUACGAGAAGAUAUAGUUAGUAGCGAUGAAAAGAAGACACAAAGAAUUUUAUACAUAUAAGAUCAUGAAAUAAAACUGUUUCAAUAAGAGAAAAAAAGAGGAUCGUGUUGUUUUUAACACCGACAAGCCCUCAAAGUAUUUUCAUCAGAUCUUGUUAUCAAUAUUGUAACUUCACUUUCAAUUUGAUUGGCAACAGAAAACUUUCAGUAUCGUCCGUAGAUUACAUUUAUCAGUGAUAUGGAAAUAGAAUAAGUCAUCCAAGACUACA